AUGGCCCUGCGCCCGCGAAGACGCCGCAUGCAGAGUCGAAGACCUCCCGGUACUCCUUACGAUGGCGGCGUCUUCCGGUUCCUGCUCAAGUGUCCCACGGACUUUCCGGCCGAGCCCCCUCGCGUAAGGCUCAUGACCACCGACGCCGGACGCGUCUGGUUCGGGCCGAACCCGAACGUGGACGGCAUGGUCUGCCUGAGCCUACUGGGGACGUGGGGACCAGUUUCCAAGUCGUCGGUGCACAUCAUAUGGACGGUGCUCAGAGCCAUCGAGUCGCUGAUGACCGCGAGGCGUUUCCACAAGACAGCGCUUGUCAGGGGAAGAGCGUAA